AUGGCCGACGAAAACGACUUCACGGCACUUGACGAGACUGGUUGGAAGGCGCAGAACGCGGCUGACGACCGCGAAAUUGCGAAACUUCUCGGAGAUUCACAAGACACUGGCGGAGGCAUUAAUCUUGACAGUAUCGAGUUCGACCAGACGGGCAAGGCUGACGACGCCGAAGACUUCGAGGACAUCAGCGAUGACGAUCUACCGGAUGAGGAGGAGCCCAGUGCUGGUGUCUCUAUGGAGAUGCCCGGCCUGACAGAUGACGGAGGAACUAGCAACGAUGCAGAUGACCUAUUUGGAGAAGGACCAUCCUCACCCGAUCCGAUUCUUGGACCCUCUUCACCAGCUCCUCACGUUCGCGAUGCCGAUAAUGGUGAUGACACUCAACCCGCCGACUCGAGCCUCAGCUUUCCUGGUAUCAAUUUCGACCCCGAACCCCAUCUCGAUAACCAAGAUCACGACAUCCCCGCGCCCGCCGAGACCGUCGAAGACCUCCUGAAAGCUACAUGGCCUGCGUUCAAGAAGGGACACGUCCUGACGUGGAGCGAACUUCUGCCUGCAAAGAGAGCCACCUGGAAGGAGAAGAGGCCAGCCAGAAAACCGAAACAGCUUGUCACCAGCAAGCUCACACUCGAGCUCGCGCCCGACCAGGAGAAACUCUUUCGCAUCCCGGGCACUGCAACAAUCUCCCGUAAAGCUAGACAGGGAGAGGAGAGGGGUCUAGUGUACUGCGGCUUGGAUCAAGAGAAUCAAGCCGAAGAUAACAUCCAAUUCGAUCUCGAUCUCGACUCCGACUCCGAAACGGUAGCUGGCUUUAGUCUACGCGAUAUCGAACUUGCUUGCGAAGACUGGGGUGCCCACAUUGCCACGGUAGAGGCUGAAUUUAAGGCUCGACAGUCUGCGGAGCAGGAGCAACAACAGGCACGAAAGCGAGUGUUCGAGGAGCAGGACGACGAAUGGGAUGCUGAGUUUUUGAUGGACCUUGGCGAUGAUGCCCCAGUACGACCAAAGAAACGCAAGAUGGUCAGCCUAGGCCUGCCAGAGAUCCCCCGCUACACAGCUCCUUCGUUCGACAACUUCGAGGAUGCAACUCGCAGGGGUGCGAAGCGCGUUCAACUGGAUAUGAGCGACCCUUACCUUCUCCUCGAGACCCAAGAAACUCAACGGAACACGAAGCGACCUCGUACAGACAACAAGUUGAAGCGCAUGGCUAAUGGCAACCUCGGCCGAAAUGUCUCCAGUCGCUUCAACAUCUCCAACGAUGAGGCAUACGAGGCGCUUAAGGAAAAUCACCAAAGCAAAGUGCGCGCCACUCUUGGUAACAUUUCUGUUGAGCACAGUAUGCCUGCCAUCAAGCUCUCCUGGCCUUACUACAAGGUUAAGCUUGGCGGUACAACUGAUGAGUAUCACCGUCCUCGCUUUAGGUACAAGAAGUUUGCUGGUCAUCUCAUCAAGUUUGACAAGCCUGCCCACCAGAAGCGCAAAAUGAUGAAGGGCAAAGCUCACGAAGUUUUCCUGAAAUCGAAGGACCUAAGCAUUAACGACAACUCCACCGCUGUUCUUUACGAGUAUUGUGAGCAGCGCCCACGAGUGCUCAGCAGCUUUGGUAUGGGCAACCGUUUGAUCAACUACUACCGCCGAAAGGACACCAACGAGGACGAGCAACUACCCAAACAAGACCUAGGAGAAUAUCGAAUGCUUCUUCCCGAGGACCGAUCUCCUUUCUCCCUUUUCGGUACUGUUGACCCUGGAGAAACUGUACCAACACUACACAACGAGAUGUACCGCGCUCCUGUCUUCAAGCAUAACCCAAGAGGCAGCGACUUCCUAGUCGUGCGCAGCACCACCGGAGAACAAGGCUCAAGGUGGUUCAUGCACAAGAUUGACCAUCUUUAUGUUGUUGGACAGCAGUUCCCUUCAGUCGAGGUACCUGGGCCACACAGUCGUAAAGUCACGAAUGCCUCGAAGAACAGGAUGAAGAUGCUCGCAUUUCGCAUGAUAAGACAUAGCGAUACCGAUAACUGUCAACUGUCCGACAUUACAAAGCACAUUGCGGAAUCUACUGAUACCCAGAACCGUCAAAAACUAAAGGAAUUCCUCCAGUACGACAGGGAAAGCGGCGAGAAGGGAAUGUGGCGACUGAAGCCUGGAGAAAUACUACCCGACGAAAGCGCAAUUCGGUCCAUGAUCAAACCUGAGGAGGUUUGCCUCCUUGAUGCUAUGCAGCUUGGUAUCAAGGAACUGGAAGACGCUGGAUACGACCCCCGAAAUGCUUCUCUGGAUGAGGAGGUUCAGAACAACGACGCAGAAGGGGAAGAAGAAGACGUAGAUGACGACGGCAGCAAGGUAGUCAAGGGAGCUGCCAAAAAGCAACAAGAAAAGCAGGAAGAAACUCUUGCGGACAAGAUGGCGCCAUGGAAAACGACAAAGGCUUUUAUUGAUGCCUGCGCUCAGAAAGCCAUGCUCCAACUUCACGGUGAAGGAGAUCCGACAGGUCACGGUCUAGGUUUCUCCUUUAUACGAACCUCCAUGAAGGGUGGAUAUAUCGAGGCAGUUCAGGGACCACUUGCUACGUCUGCAGAUGCUAUGGAGCGUGAGAAGCGAGCUAAUGGCGGCCACGCUUAUAAUGUCAAAAAACAGCAAGCAAUGUAUGAGGAAGGUAUAAAAGAAAUUUGGGAUAAGCAAAAGACUACCCUCUCAGAUGGCCAGGAACACGAAGAUAAGGAUGUCGCGGUAACGGAAGACGAAGACGACCGAUUCAACGUCCAGUCAGCCAUGACUCCGGCCCAGUUCGCCCAGUUUGACGACGGUACCAGCCAAAUUAGUGGUUUGACUUCCGCAAGUCGACAACAAAAACGCGCCAUCCGCAUCACCCGAGACGUUCAGAUGCCCGACGGCAGCAUACAAAGCCGAAUCGAAAUCGUACACGAUCCGGUUGUGAUUUCGCAGUAUAUGAAGCGGCGAACGGAGGCGGACCUUGAAAUGAGAGACAUCUAUAGCUCGCGCCCUACGGGUAAUGCCGACCAUGACCGUCUUGCAGGCAUUAGAAUUAAGAAGGAGCUUGAACGACUCGAGAAAAACAAGGCCCGACGACAGGCUCGAGAACAGCAGAAGGAGCUGCAUCAGAAAGCAAGCACAGGAGACGCCGGGUCUCCCAGUGUCAACGGCGAUAAGGUCCCCACUGGAACAACCCGCAAGUAUACCAUUCCCUUUGUUUCGCCCCCUCCAUUGGUGCCUUUUGAUUGGUUUGGCUACACAGAAGUUGUCAAGACAAAGCGAGGUGCUCGAAAGAAUGAUUUGCAGAUUCUUAUGGAAAAAUGCGACAAAGAGGCGCGUAAGCGUGCAGAUGUCAAGGCCCGUGUAGUCAAAGCUGCUGCUCGACAACGAGAUCAAGAACAACGAGCAGCAGCAAGGCAAGCGGAGCGGGAUCGGCGUGCUUCAGAAACCAAGCGGCUUCAAGAAGAACGAGCAGCCAAAGCCAAGCGGCUACAGGAAGAACGAGCCGCUGAGGUCAAGCGACGAGAGGACGAAAGAGCCUCCCAGAAAAGGAUCAAAGAGGAACUUCAGCGGCGAGGCCGAGAACAAAAGGCACGCGAGCAGCAAAUUGCGCGUGACCGACAAGAACUCAUACGCAUCCAGCGUGCACGAAUGAUGCCGAAAUGGCGCCAUGGAGGUUACUGGAGCUGA